AUGAGUAAACUGGAUCUCUCUGAUGCAUUUCAACACAUUCUGAUUAACGCACAGGACUGGGAACUUCUUGGAUCUACCUGGCCUGUGGAGAUCGAUGGUACUGUUGUGCCCGGUUAUUUUAUAGACACCUUCCUUCCCUUUGGUCUUCGAAGUUCGCCAGCCCUUUUUCUAAAAUUCAUGGAGGGCCUCAAGUUUGUCAUGUCAUCUAGGGGAGCCUCCCCCAUUUGGAACUAUCUUGACGACUUCUGGACUUGUGGACCACCUUCCCCGAAUCCACAUUGCCGGACCUCGCUCGAACUUAUGUUGGGAACAUGUGAGCAUCUCAGCUUCACUACGAAGCCGGCAAAGACAGUCCUGCUGACAACAAACUUGAUUCUUCUCGGAAUUGAAUUAGAUUCUCUCGCUCAGGAAGCAAGAAUUGAUCAAACCAGACUAGCCGAAGUAUUGCAUAUGUUGGUCAAGUGGUCAUCACGUAAACACUGUACGAAGCGUCAACUACAAUCGUUGAUUGGAAAGCUUCACUUCAUUUCGUCUGUAUGUCGCCCUGGAAGAACUUUCAUUCGUCGCAUGAUCGAUCUACACAGCAAAGCUAGCCACCCUUCACAUCGAAUCCGUCUCACCUUCGCAUUCCGUAAGGACAUUCACUGGUGGCAAACCUUUCUUACUACGUGGAACAGCUGUAGCUUCUUUUAUCAAGACACAUGGCUACCCAAUUCUUCCUUGGAACUUUUUACUGACGCCAGCCAUGCAGCCUUACGGCCUGAGCCCCUUGCUGGCAUCAGAGGACACGCUCAUCUUGUUUGUUACGCAUCUUGCAGCGCACAUAAAACCUCAAUCCAUUAG